AUGCGUCGAGCCAUCUCUCGAGGCGUCAGCGUCAGCGCAGGUCGCUCUUCCAGAUCAUUCGCCGCCAACCGUCCCUCUCUCCUCACAUCAUCCAGCGCGACCUCCGCCAUCAUGGCCCCCGCCAACGCCUCGGCCCCCGGUGCCGUUGCUGCCAGGAGGAUACACGCCACGGCCUCCCACCUCAGCGCCGCCCUCGCGUCAACGGCCGAGUCGUUCCCUCGCACUCAUGACAAGAUUGCCAAGCCCGAAGACACGCCCUACUUUAUCAACAAUGAGUUUGUCCAGUCCAAGGCCGACAAGUUCAUCGAUCUCCACGACCCCGCCACCAACAACCUCGUCACCCGCGUGCCCCAGAUGACCGACGCCGAGCUCCAGGCCGCCGUCGACUCGGCUGAGAAGGCGGGCGUCGCCUGGCGCGCGACGAGCGUGCUGCACCGCCAGUCCAUCAUGUUCCGCUUCGUCGGCCUGAUCCGCGAGAACUGGGACCGCCUGGCCGCCAGCAUCACCCUCGAGCAGGGCAAGACGUUUGCCGAUGCCAAGGGCGACGUCCUGCGUGGCCUCCAGGUCGCCGAGGCCGCUUGUGCGGCGCCCGAGCUCAUGAAGGGCGAGGUGCUCGAGGUGGCCAAGGACAUGGAGACGAGGAGCUACCGUGAGCCCCUCGGUGUCGUGGCUGCCAUCUGCCCCUUCAACUUCCCCGCCAUGAUUCCCCUGUGGUGCAUCCCCAUCGCCACCGUCACCGGCAACACUCUCAUCCUGAAGCCCUCCGAGCGUGACCCUGGCGCGGCCAUGAUCCUGGCCGAGCUCGUCAAGAAGGCCGGCUUCCCCGAGGGCGUCGUCAACGUUGUCCACGGCGCCCACCGCACCGUUGACUUUAUCCUCGAGGAUCCCGUCAUCAAGGCCGUCAGCUUCGUCGGUGGCAACAAGGCCGGCGAGUACAUCUUCAACAAGGGCUCCGCCCACGGCAAGCGCGUCCAGGCCAACCUCGGCGCCAAGAACCACGCCGCUGUCCUGCCGGACUGCAACAAGAACCACUUCCUCAACAGUGUCGUCGGCGCCGCGUUUGGCGCCGCCGGCCAGCGCUGCAUGGCCCUGAGCACCCUCGUCAUGGUCGGCGAGACCAAGGAGUGGCUGCCCGAGCUUGCCGAGAUGGCCAAGCAGCUCAAGGUCGACGGCGGCUUCGAGGAUGGUGCCGAUCUCGGCCCCGUCAUCUCCCCGCACAGCAAGGCCCGCAUCGAGGCGCUCAUCCAGAGCGCCGAGGACGAGGGCGCCACCAUCCUUCUCGACGGCCGUGGGUACACGCCGGCCAAGUACCCCAACGGCAACUGGGUCGCCCCCACCAUCAUCUCCAACGUGACGCCCAAGAUGAAGUGCUACACCGAGGAGAUCUUCGGCCCCGUCCUCGUGUGCCUCAACGUCGAGACUCUCGAUGACGCCAUUGAACUCAUCAACAAGAACGAGUACGGCAACGGCACGGCCAUCUUCACGCGCUCCGGCCCCACGGCCGAGACGUUCCGCCGCCACAUCGAGGCCGGCCAGGUCGGCAUCAACGUCCCCAUCCCCGUGCCCCUGCCCAUGUUCUCCUUCACCGGCAACAAGAAGAGCAUCGCCGGCGGCGGCGCCAGCACCUUUUACGGAAGGCCCGGCGUCAACUUUUACACGCAGCAGAAGACGGUCACGGCCCUGUGGCAGAGCGCCGACGCCGUGUCGCAGAAGGCGGACGUUUCCAUGCCGACGCAGUCGUAG